GAAUUGCUCUUAUAUUAUGAUCUUAUUGAAUCAACAUUUGAAAAUACAAAGCUGCCAAGCAGAAAAGUCGAUGCUUUAGACCAUUUUCAGAAGUGCUUUGCAAUUUUAAAAGUCCAUAAGGAAGGAGUGAACAAAGGAAGUGCUGUCAGAUCAAAGGUUUUCGCUGAAGAAGAAACAAAAGACUGGAAAGCAAUUCGUGUGGAUCUGGUUGUUACCCCUUUUGAACACUAUGCAUUUGCUCUCUUAGGAUGGACUGGAUCUAGGCAAUUUGAACGUGAUCUGCGGAGAUAUGCCACUCAUGAGCGGAAAAUGAUGUUGGAUAAUCAUGCCUUAUAUGAUAAAACGAAGAAAAUUUUUCUGAGUGCUGCAAAUGAGGAAGAAAUAUUUUCACACCUGGGCUUGGAUUACCUUGAACCCUGGGAAAGAAAUGCCUAAAGAAAUUUUUAAUAAGGACUUGCUUAUGGAUCUGUCACAGGGGCAUCAUCAUGGAAAGUCAAUCAAGAUGGCAUCUACAACCACAUUAUCAACCCUGCAACCAUUCAAAACUAACUUUCUUGCACAUGUUGAUGUCACAUGCGUGGACAAAGGGGCAUGUUAACCACAGGGUCCUGGCUAUCCUCUUGACGUCUUUGACUCUUCUGCAAACAUGGCUGUUGCCAAUUGCUUUCACUCUUCCCCCCACUCGUCCUUCAUGGACAUUCAUGCCCAAGGUGGAAACAUAGUUUGGCAGAAUAAAAAACAAAAUAUAGUGGACAAAAAUUCAAGAUCAUGCCUGCAACCAUGCAACUGAAGUUCUAGCAUUUUGCAUGCAUCUAGAUGCAAAAAAAAAAAAAAAAAAGGAUUGAGGGUGUUGAUUUUGUGGGGAUGUGAUUACUGUCUCAAAAUUUUGAGUAGUUCCUUUGUUCAAUCUUUCAUAUAACCCAACUGAAGAACCUAUGGCUGGCUGGGGAAUUCUGGGAGUUGAAGUCCACAUGUCCUAAAGUUGCCAAGGCUGGAAAACCCAGAUAUACACCAAUAGAAUAUCAUAAUAAGUUAUGAUCUGAAUCAUCAUGCUAAAAGUCUUAGAAUCUAAAUUUGAAUGCAAAACAGAUUUUAAAAUUAGGGAUAAGUCCAAGACAGAUCAACAACAAUAAGAAAAUCACAGUUUACUGAGAUACAUGUUGACAGCCUUGAGGGUAAACUUAGCACAACAUUGGAAAAGGGAUGCAUCACCAUUGAGAAUGUAAACUUGGAGAUUAGGCAGCAAUGGCAAAAUUAACAGCAUAUAUUCAUAAUAGAGGUUUGGCCAAAUUUAAGCAGGAAUGGUGUCCAUGUACAUUAUAUAUUAUCCAGCAUGGCAAACUGAAACAUAUGGAGCAUAGUUUUAAAGGGGGAAAUAAUUGGCUAAAGAAGUAAAAUUAGAAAUAUAUGAAAAUUUUGAAUAUUUUUAAAUAUUGAACAUCAGGAGUAUAACAAAGAAGAAGUUAGAAUACAUUCACUCAAUAGUACUUUUACUAGCUUUUUUUUCUUUCCUUCCUCUUUUUUUAAAAAAGAGAUUUAUCUUUAAAUAAUAAAGUGGUGGACACAUUGGUAUUCAGCGAAAAUCCUUUCACUUUUUGUUAAAAAGAACUUAACAUAUUCUGCUUUUUAUAGUUAAUCCUUCAUCUAUGAUAUAUACUGAGUACUAACUGUACAACUUUUCAAUUUCUCUGUCCCCCUACUGAUAUUAUAUAUGUCAUGCCUCCAUUGGAGCUUGAAUCUGCGGAGGAAAAUGAGCUGGAACGGGACCCUAUGGAGGUUGAGGGGGAGGUAUCUGUGGCUGCAGAGGAAUGUGGGGAAGAGCAGGCAGAGGCAGGCCAGGGCCC